AAUUUUAGUAAAAAAUAACUCUUACCACAGCAGCUGAUUUUUGUUUUAGGGACUUCAAGAGACGAUGUCUACAGAAAAUUGCCAAAUAUGCUGCAAGGCGCAAUUUAAAUAUACUUGCCCACGUUGUAACAUAAUAUAUUGCUCCGUAACCUGUUAUAAAGCUGAACAACAUUUGAAAUGUUCAGAAGAGUUUUACAAGCAAUGUAUACAAGAUGAAUUAACUUCCACUCCGGCGAACAAGAGCAAGGAAGAUAUACGCAAGAUUUACGAUAUAUUGCGACGGAUACAAGAAGCAGAUGCUGGUUUCCAACCGCAAGAUUUCGAAAAUGAUGAGUUAAUUGAUUCUGAUGAUGACGAAUCGUCGCCGUUAAAUGACCGAGAGCUAGAUGAAAACGAUAACGAAGAUGAUGAAGUCGACUUGGCGGAACGUUUAAAAGGCGUUGACAUCAAUGAUGCAGAUACCGUUUGGGAGUGUUUAACUUCAAGAGAACGUGAAGAAUUUAAAAAUAUGCUUAAAACUGGUGAUAUAAUGAAAUUAGUGCCAGCUUAUGUACCGUGGUGGUUAAGAAAGCCAAAUCCCAAAAUUGUGGAAUUAGGAAAAGAAAGUGAUGACGAUUCCAGCCUACCUCCAAUAAUGAAUAAUAUACCGAAAUUUUCUGCAAUUUGCCAAAAGGAACCAUCUCCUUGUUUACACUAUAAUCUCUGGAAUAUAUUAAGUGCUUACACUUGUAUGGUUCGCUUUUUUGGAGGCGAACAUUUGAUUAAUCCCCAUGAAGCUUGCGUAUAUCUGGUAAAUCUCAGUCUUUGCCUUAAAUUUGGUACAAAUUUUGAAGAUGUAGAAGACGCCAUUAUUUCCGUAGAAAUGGAAGCACUAACAACUGGAAAUGGUGCAAUUCAAUUAAUGCCGACAGGUUCAGAGAAAAAUCCAUUUGUAGGGGAUCGCGAACAAUUGCAAGCAGAUGCUCGACAGAUAAUGGCAUCUCAUCGUUUCAAACUAGCUGCCAUCGGUGAUAAUACUUUCCCAAAUUUAAUGGCUUUGCUAACUGGACAAAAUCAAAGCGCUGCAGAGGAAACUUGUAAGCCAAAGCAGGUGGGUGGUUUGGACAAUUGUAAUUUCAUAUGGAAAGAGUUUCACAAGCAAAGCUAUUAUACGGCUUAUGGUGAGGAUACACCUGCUAUGAGUACAUUUAAUUAUUUAAAAAAAGGAUUUCAAGAGCCGCCGACUGAUUACUACUUUCGCCCCAUGUCCUUGGCUAUUGAGAAGCAUUUAACCUAUAAUAAAAAAGCCGGACUUAAGUAUUGUAUCGGAAAUCGCCAAAAUGGUGAGUACGUAUACGACAUGGCUCUUCAAUUCGUUACACGCUUUCAAUACGAACCAAAUUUCGGUUUAUUUUGGACUAAUUCGUUUAGUCAUAACGACUAUUCUCUGCCUGCAACGAUGGAUUCAAGAAUUUUGAAAUAUUUAAAAGAAAUGGAAACACUUGGCAUUUUUGAUAAUAGUAUAGUGUUCUUUUUAAGUGAUCAUGGCAUGCGGUUUGGUAAGCUAUUAACUUUGCCAGGAGAUUUUCUAGAACCGCGUUUACCCACCUUCUUCAUAUCAAUACCAAAAUGGUUUCGUAACGCUUACCCCGAACUCAUACAAAAUUUAGAAAUGAAUUGUCAACGUUUAACUACACCCUAUGAUGUCUAUAUGACUAUGCAGCAUUUACUGAAAAUUAAUCAACCAAAUUUUACCAUAAAAGCAGCUACUGGUUGUACGCGGUGUCAAAGUUUAUUUCGAGAAGUACCAGAAAAUCGUACAUGCCCUGAUGCGGAAAUCUCGGAAAAUUGGUGCACUUGUACACCAUACAAGAUCUUAUCACCCAGCGAAAAAGCGAUAAAACGUCUAAAUUCACUUAUAGUUGAGAGAAUCAAUGACUAUAUAAUUAAUAAAAAUCUGAGCAGUGUGUGUAGUGAGCUCACCUUGCGUAAUACAAAGAAGGCUGAACAACAUUACAAUGACAAAGAUUUGACUUUAUCGACUUACAGAAUUGAAUUUUCAGUAAAUCCAAAAACCACACCAGAGGCAAUUUUCGCCGCUACCGUUAAAUGUGACCCUAGUUCCAAUGAAAUAGCAUUAAAUCUCACAGUAGAAGAAGACGUUAAUCGAAGGAGUAAAUAUGAAAAUACAGCUAAAUGCACACAAGACAAAGAGGCUAAGAAAUAUUGCAUUUGCAAAAAGAAAAAAUGUUAUUGCUUUGGCAAUUCAACGGAAUAUCAUGGUUUUGACAAUACUCAGCCAGAAUCUAAUGAAUUCGUAUUAAAACGUAUUAACGUAGAAAAUGAUAAUCCGGAAUAUUUUAUAAAAACAAGUCAAUGCUUUAUACCAUAUGUAGAUCAUUUAUCGCCGGAAGUGUUGAAAUUUUAUAAGCCCGAAUACACAACGGGAAGAACAACUUUUAAUAAAAAUAUUAUACAGCCAUGA